AUGUCUACUGGUAAAGAAACAACAAAUAUCGAUCCUGGUCAAGAAAAUGACAAGAACGCUUCUUUGUCUUCUGAUUUUCAUUUAGAUGCUAAUAUGCACUACAUCGAAGCGAUCGGUAAAUGGACUUAUACGAGUGAAGACGGAGAAACCUUGCAAUUUGAUGAAGAUCAACAACAAUGGAUCAAAAUCGAAGAAGAUCUUUUGUUGAAACUUCAACAAUCUGCUUAUUCUGUACCUGGUGUUAACGAAAUUUAUGUAACUGGCUUACCACCUGAUGUCACUGUUAAUGAAUUGGCUGAAGUAUUUUCAAAAUAUGGAGUUUUGAUGGAAGAUUUAAUUGCUG